AUGCACCAGACAGACGAAGUUGCAGUGCCGGAGGUCGAAAUUACUGGCGACAUUGACACCCCCAGCGAAGACAGAGCGAGUGAUCACGAGGCGACGGACUCGACAGAGGCGGGAUCCUCAUUCAUCGAUUACUUCCUCUUUAUGCAAGACAAAUGUUGA